UCAAACCAUCCGCUAUCGGAGUUCUCUUCAUCAACAAAGAUAUACAAAGAAAGAGAGAUGGGUUUCCGGCUACCUGGUGUUCUUGCUAAGCAGAUUCUUCUACGACGGUCUUCCUCAUCUAUGGAUCUACCAAAAGGGUUCCUAGCUAUAUAUGUUGGGUCAGAGACACAGAAGAAGAGAUUUGUGGUUCCAGUAUCCUAUUUGAAGCAUCCUUCAUUUCAAGAUUUGUUAAGUAAAUCUGAAGAAGAGUUUGGUUAUGAUCAUCCAAUGGGUGGUUUGACAAUUCCUUGCACAGAAGACAUUUUCAUGGAUGUCACUUCUCGCUUAAGCAUAUUGUAGAGGCUCUUAAGCUUAACUUCAUGACAACACACAAUUUUAUAUAGCAUUAAUUGCCAUUUUAGAGAUGUAGAUUUGUGUAACAUAAAAGUAUAAACAGAAAUUAGUAGCUUGUUGUAUUUUCCUCUCAGAAUUAAAUUUAUGCU